AAAAUUUCGAGUUAGUUCAACGCCCACGGCAUUCCAGCGAGAGGAAUUCCCAAGGAUCAACUUACGGUCAAGGACAAUCUGCAGCUGCUGCAGGAAUCUUUGCUGAUCCAUGAUGGAAUAAUGUGUAGACCAAAGUCUUCUUCAAAAAACAAAUAUGUAGUGCGGGGUUGUCCCAGGCUCCUUGCUAUCACAAGGCUCCUGUAUCUGGGACUGGAUGAGCCGUUUGUAUCAAGACAAACAGCUCAAGGGUAUCACAAAAAAGAAAAAUGAAACAAGAAACAAAAAGGAAAAAGAGUGUGGGAGAGAAGAAAAGAAAAAGAGGUGGAGGGACAGGCGGAGAAAAAAUUUGGAUUUAAGGGGUGGGCUGUUUUCCUACUUUUUUUUUUUUUUCUUAGCGCCAUUUGCUCCACGCAGUCACGUGGGUUCCGCGUCCGUCUUGUGUGCCCGACUGAGGUCAUUGCAGUGUAUCCACAGCUCAUUUCACGGCCCAGGGUUCAAUCGUUUGUUUACUUUUUUUUUUUUUAGUGCGCUCUCCCAGGUCAAGAAGAAGUUGAAUUCGAGUGUCGAAGAGAAAGUUCACAUUACUUAUAUGUUUUCUCUCAUCGCAAACGUCAUAUACAAAUCGCUGAUACAAUGAUGGCUGCUCAAAAAGAUUGUUGUCUCGUAGCAAGAGCAAAUAUAGGAAAAAAGAAAGUUCCCCCAAACUCCAAUCCAGGUCCUGUAACUCCAGCAUGGUAGCCAUGAUCCAACACAUGGGCAAGGGAUGCGGGUCAACAUGACCCGUCCCUCAGUAAAAUCCGAACGUAUGUAUAGUAGCUUCGU